AUGUUCAGAAACAACUACGACAACGAUUCGGUGACAUUUUCUCCGCAAGGACGGAUUUUCCAAGUCGAGUACGCACAGGAGGCCGUCAAGCAGGGCUCAGUAGUGGUCGGCCUGGCUAGCAAGACGCAUGUCGUCCUCACAGCGCUAAAGCGAAAUGCGGAAGAGCUCUCAUCCUAUCAGAAGAAGAUCGUUGGUGUCGAUGACCACCUAGCAGUCGCCCUCGCCGGCCUCGCUUCCGAUGCGCGUGUACUCUCCAACUUCAUGAAGCAGCAAUCGCUAUCCUCAAAAAUGACGUACGGCCGGCCAGUUCCCGUCGAACGGAUCGUCAACAUGAUCGGUGACCGCGCGCAAACCAACACUCAGCACUACGGCAAGCGACCAUACGGUGUGGGGCUGUUGGUGGCAGGCGUGGAUGAGCUGGGACCACAUCUGUUCGAGUUCUCGCCGUCAGGCAUGACGCAAGAGAUGCUAGCUUGUGCAAUUGGUGCGAGAAGUCAGAUGGCGAGAACAUAUUUGGAGCGGCACCUAGAUGAGUUUGCAGAUUGCAGUCGAGACGAACUGAUCAAGCACGGUCUAUUGGCGCUUCAAGAGAGUUUGGCACAGGACAAGGAGUUGACGAUCGACAAUACAAGCUUAGCAAUUAUCGGCAUCGACGACGGACCGAACGGCAAGAAGAAGCUUCAGAAGUUCAAGCUCUACGAUGGUAGGGACAUCCACCCAUUGCUAGAAGCAAACGUAGAAUCGCAAAGCGGACCAGAUGCUAUGGAGACCGAUUCAUGA